ACUACUAACCAAAGCUUAUUUUGAGUGCACGGGGUCAGGAGUAAAGCGGGUCAUGACGCCGCCGUACGUUGGACUCAAAGUGUAACGUGCGCAGACAGGAGGACAAACAGACACCGAGUCCGGUUUAACGGCACAGUUACAAAACCCGCUAACGGAGAUACGCAGCAAUGAGAAAUGUUACCUGUAUUUCAAGAUAGCAGUUUGGAUGUUUAUCAAUGGAGGCGACAUAGUACGCCGAGGGCAGGCUAACCUCGGUGUUGUCGGAACAAGAUGAUAAAAAACUGGGGUGUCAUUGGUGGGAUAGCUGCGGCGAUUGCAGCUGGAGUAUACGUUCUGUGGGGCCCAAUUACAGAGAGAAAGAAGAGAAAGAGAGGUAUGGUUCCUGGGCUGUUGAACUUAGGCAACACCUGCUUCCUGAACUCUUUGCUUCAGGGUCUGGCAGCAUGUCCAUCCUUCAUCAGGUGGCUGGAGAUGUUUUCAGGAUCACCUGUGAUCCAGUCAUGCAAAGACAACCAGCUGUCCACGACACUCCUUCAGCUUCUCAAAGCUCUGUCCAGUGACGAGCCUGGGGAGGAAGAUGUGCUGGAUGCCGGGUGCCUCCUGGAUGUCCUCAGAUUAUACCGGUGGCAUAUCAGUUCAUUUGAAGAGCAGGAUGCACAUGAACUUUUUCAUGUCCUUACAUCUUCUCUGGAGGAGGAGCGGGAUCGUCAGCCCAAAGUCGCUCACCUGUUUGACAUGCAGUCCCUCGAGAGCCUCCCUGAUCAAGACGAGAAAACUAUGACCUGCAGAAGUCGAGCCCCUCUUCAUCCAAUACCAAGUCCUUGGAAGUGUCAGCAUCCUUUUCAUGGUCGUUUAACAAGCAAUAUGUCAUGCAAACGCUGCGAACAACAAAGUCCAGUGCGGUAUGACUCAUUUGAGAGCCUCUCCCUGUCCAUCCCUCUACCACAGUGGGGUCGACCGAUCUCUCUAGAUCAGUGUCUUCAGCAUUUCAUCUCCUCAGAAACCAUCAAAGAAGUGGAAUGUGAAAACUGUACCAAGCUUCAACAAGGGACCACAGUCAACGGGCAAGUUCUGGAAAGCCAGAGGACAACAUUUGUUAAACAGUUAAAACUAGGAAAGCUCCCGCAGUGUCUCUGCAUCCAUUUACAAAGACUGACGUGGUCCAGUGAAGGAACCCCCAUCAAAAGACAGGAGCAUGUGCAGUUCACAGAGUACCUGUCGAUGGACCGUUACAAACACACUGCUUCCACACAGAGAAGUCAGCGGAUCAAAUGUGCUCCGAGCCCCAUAAAGACAGAGAGUUUAGAUGACUGCAUGGAGAAGCCCUCUGCUAAUGGCACCGAAGCAGAGCAUCGUAACAACAACAACAAACCUUUUUCCAAUGGAACAUGUUCAUCUGUAUUUCUUCAGUCUCCUGGUGUGAACCCACAGCUUGGCCUCACAUAUGACUACAGCGUCUUUCCCUCCAGCUCUACAGAGUACCUUUUCCAGCUCACGGCCGUGCUGGUUCAUCAUGGUGACAUGCACUCAGGACAUUUCGUCACAUACCGCCGCAGCCCUUCCUCACCCCGCACCACUUCACCCCUCAGCUCCCAGUGGCUUUGGGUGUCAGACGACUCGGUACGAAAAGCCAGCCUGCACGAGGUGCUGUCUUCCAACGCUUACAUGCUCUUCUACGAGAGAGUCCGAAGAAUGAACCUGGCUCUGCGCUCGGAGGAGUAACCGGAAGCUUACCGCCUCACGGCCUGACUGACUUCUGCCUUUCCAGUCCAACUGUCACAGCUGUAUGUGGCAGUUACAGCGCGGUUUCCAACGGGUGGAUUAUGACUUUGUGACAAUGAGACCAGAGAAAGCCAUCCCAGAGUUACUGUAAAGAUAAAUCUGCCUCAUGGGUCACCGCAACAUGCUGAAGGUUGUUGAAUGAUGAGAUCUGAUAAUAAAUCCGUGAGUGAACACUUUGCCUGCUGCUCUGGGCUUUCAAUCCCAAAGAUUACGGACCUGCAGGAUUUUUAGUCUAAUACUUUCAUGUUAACUACUUUUCUUCGACACGUGUAACAAUUUCUGUCAUGCAACAUCCCGGCUUCUAUCGGACAAAAGAACAGAAACACCAGAAUAUAGUGCACUGUAAAGUUAUAGCCCUGCAAUACUUUGUUCAUGUGUGAAGCUUAUGAUGUCGACUCAACUCUGUGGCAUUGUUACAAUGCUGUAGUUUUUGGUGUUAAAUUGGAACACAGUAUACUUUAAGGUGUUGCUGUUAUUUUGUCCACUGCCUGUACAUUACAGACACAGAAGUAGCUGAUUAGGAAUUCUUGCUGUUGUUACUUAGAAGUUGUUACAUACUAUGAAUUCAGAUAGGUAGAAUUUUCUCUAACUCUGGUUCUCUGUCGUCUAAUUUGCCUAAUCAUUCCCAGCAGUGUACGUAAAACUGUUUUGGAAUCAAUGUUUCAAUUGAAAUUGUUCAUAAACAGUUGAAUUUGAUAUUUUUCUAUGUUUCCAAUAAUCCUUACACUGUCAUGAUUUGCAGAGUUGAGGUCAAAGUGCCAUGUUGUCUUUAAUGCUCGAGAUUUUUAACACAUGAAGCCACAAUAUGAUGCAUCAGAGCCGUUUGGCCUGGUGUUGAUGUUCAACGGUUCAACAGAUUAAUAAUGAUCUGCUCUCAGUUAAUAAAGCCACAGUAUGACUGCAGGUUUUUUGGGCAAGUUAUCCUGAAUAUUUUUAAUUCUGUAUAGCUGCCGUUUUGCUCCUACCAAACCGACUGAGUCAAAGUGAGAAAUGGCCUGGUGCAAAACUCCUCAUCAAUGUUUGCGAUUUGCACUAAUGUAUAUUCACGUGAGAUUGUUUGUAUUUGUGUGAAAUCUGUAAAGGUGAUUGUUUUAAGGCAUUAAAAAAAAAGA